AUGCCUGUAUUACUGCAAGCCUACAGUAAAUUGGUUCCAUCAUCAUCCUCACAUCUUAACCAUGUCCCAGAAAAUCAUCUUAACCAUGUCCCAGAAUAUGCGAGCUGCAUAUUACCAUCAUCUUCAAAUCGUUUUCCCAUCCUAUCUGUCUCAUCGCCGCGAAGUACUGAUGGUAGCACUGAAAACUGUUGUCAUCAUGGUUCAGAAUUAUCAUAUGACUGGAUUAGUAAUAAAAAAUUGGAUGCACCUGGUACAGAAACUGGUGUGAAUGAUUUUAAUAAGUUAGCAACAACAACAUCAGCGAAUACAUGGCUGAAAAGGGCGAAACGAAUAUACAGAAGUCUACAUUUGAAUUCACUACUCUGGUUAGCAUUUAUGAUGAUUUAUAUGUUUUUUGGUGCUUUAUUGUUUCUGUGGCUUGAACAGGCAUCGGAUGAAGCUAGAAAACUCCAACAGUAUAAAUUUUUCACUCUUGAACGGGAAUUAUUUCUGAAACGAAUUGAUGAAAUUUAUAAGGACGAGGCGUCACGUCAAUUUAAUCGGCGUAGAAAAUUCAUUGAAGAAGCCAUAGACUACUUGCAUCAAAGAAUCGGUGUUUCAUUCAGUAAUCACUCUGACUGGUCACUUACCACGGCAUUGUACUAUUCAGGCACUGUCUUCACAACAAUUGGUUCGUUGCUUUAUCAAAUGAUUAUUAUCUUUGCAAAGCUCGUAUUGCCAAUUCUUAUGAAUGGUGGUGAUCUACAAGAGUUAUUUUUUGAACUUUGGGUAAUACUUUACCACUGA